AUCGAAGGAUCGAAAAAUUAGACAAGAGGACCGAGUUAGGGUCAUACAUGCGUGGGUAUUGCCCCAGUUGUCUCAUUUACGGGAGGGGGGGGGGCGUAUAAAACUAUGGAUUGCAGAAAAGGGGAGUCACUCAGUUGCCUCUUGGUACUGCUUCUCCUGGCUACAAGGUGUACACUAUCCUGUUUGCUUCAGCAACACCUACAGAGAUUCAAAUUCCGUACUCCACCAACGAGCGACCAUAAGAUGCUUGACACCCUCCUUCCAGAUGUUGUUGUUCAGCCAGGAGCACCGAAGAGCUUCGUCGCUCAUGCCGUGUUGUUCGAUAUGGAUGGUACUCUUGUUGAUUCCAUUGCCGCUGUCGAGGCCGCUUGGGGAAAGGUUGCCCUAGACAUUGGCCAGGACCCCGAGUACGUGAUUGCCGCCACGCACGGAAAACGAGCUAUCGACAAUCUUGCCCAAUUCAAACCACAUAUUCCACAGCACGCCCUACCCGCUGAAGUACAGGCAUUCGAAGAAACCAUCCUUGCUUUUGCAGAUGAGUAUCUUUUGAAACAGGAGGAACGUAAGAGGCGUGCCUCGUCGGUUUCUUUGCUGUCUUCGAGUGGAUUCAUGACUCCCGGGAGAGUAAGCAUCAGCAGUGCCAGUGGAAGCGAAGCUGGUUCGAGGUAUUCGAGUGCUGUCGAUUCACGCAAAUCGAGCUUCAACUUUGGUUUCGGGGGAGGAAUGCAGGUCUGCUGGGGUGACUUGUAUCGUGCCCCCACUGGGGGCGGCUUCGACAUCAUCAUCCUCCUUGUCGAACGAACAGCCGUUAUACUCGAGGAUGAUGACGAAAUGCAGGGAGAUAGGUUCGCGGAGGAUUGGGAUGCUGCCUGGGAGUUGGAAGAGGAAGUUGUGAAUCGAUCGGUUCGAAUCUUACCUGGAAGGUACGCCGUUGCGACAAGUGGCGCCAAGACAUACGCCUACGGCGCCAUGUCCCGCGUUAACAUCAUUCCUCCCCCAAUUACCAUCACAGCCGACGACCCUCGUCUCAAGAACGGUAAACCUCAUCCAGACCCUUUCCUUCUCGCCGCCGCCGAACUCGGCUUCCCCGCAUCGGAAUGUGUUGUCUUUGAAGAUUCGCCCUCGGGGAUCAAAGCCGGCGUUGCAUCUGGUGCGACGGUUGUUGCGUUGUGCACCUCUCAUACGAGGGAGAAGAUCUUGGGGUUGGGUGCUCAUUAUGUCUUGGACACGAUGGAAAGUUUAAAGGUAACGGUUUUGGAAGAUGGACGGAUGAAGUUUGAUGUUGUUGGGAAUUGAAUUGCGUCGGUGAGAUUCAACUUUAACCCUGGA